GGGUACGAGAUUGGACUUUUGUUGUGAUUUUUGGCCGUGCUUUGCAUCUUAGUGGAAAAAACUAACUCUGAGACAUCGCAAUACCCAAAAAGAAAUGGCAACGAAACAUGAAUUCAGUGUUGAGAUGACCUGUGGUGGAUGUUCAGGAGCAGUUGAAAGGGUUUUAGGGAAAGUUCCAGAGGUAUCAAAGGUUGAUAUUGAUAUGGAAAARCAGCGAGUUUAUGUGACUUCUGACCUGCCUUCAGAUAAACUGCUAGAAAUAAUCAAGAAAACAGGAAAAGCCACAAACUACAUUGGAACAGCAUAAAACUGAAGUGAAUAAAUAUAUGUGUUUAGACACACUUAUCUAUAGCUAUUAUAUUAAAUGAAAUAGACUCUGACAYUAUAAAUGACAAAUGUGUAAUAGAUUUGUUUUUUAUGUAAUUUAAUAUUAUUUGAUAAUGUGAAGCUACAAAAAUAGUCACACGAACUAAGAGACAAUAAUCUAAACUGCAAAUUAUUUUUACAAUUAAUUGUAAUGUAGAAAUAGAACCAUGCAAAUUCCUCAGUAAAGUAAAAAAAAAACUGUGCAAAAGGUGUUACACUAAUACUUCUUAAUAAUAAAUCUUAAAUAAUUUAUU